AUUUGCCAGAAAAUUAACAUUUGCAAAAACAUUUUCUAGACAGCAGAAUUAAUUGAACAUAUUAAGUGAUAAAUAUGGCUAUGGUAUUACCUGAAUUGUACAACCAAUGCAACGACUUAACAGUAUCCACCACCAAGGAUCACCUUUCCAAGUACAAACACCUAAUUAAAUGGAAAAACGAGGAAUCGAUCAUGGAACUCGGUUGGUGAUGGAAACUGUUCGAUGUACUGUCUACAACCCUUUUUGCCGAAUCAUUACAAGGAAUUCGUCGCUAUGGAUAUCUCAGAAGCUAUGUUGGAGUACGCGAAAAAUAAUAUCAACCUGCCAAAUACUAGGUUUGUUGAAUGUGAUGUUGGAAGUAAAGAUAUCGACGAUGAGUUUAUUGAAAAGUUCGACCAUAUAUUUAGCUUUUAUUGUAUACAUAUGAUAGAAAAUAUAAGUCAAGCCUUUAAAAACCUCUACAAUAUGUUAAAACCCGGCGGACAAAUGUUUCUCACAGUUAUGGAAUACAGUUUGGCAGAUGUGGCGUUCCACAAACUGAGCAAGAUACCACGAUGGGAGAAAUACGGAAAGCAGACCACUGUCUCGCCAUUUUACUAUAGUGAGAGCCCCAAAGAAGAAUAUAUAAAGCUGUUACAAGAUGCAGGUUUUAAACAUUAUGUACUUGAGACUGAGAGUAUCGAUUUUGAACUUGGAGGAGAAGAUGUGUGGCAAAAACUAUGUAUCGCCAUUAAUCCACUAUUACCAAAAAUAUCAGCUGAAGAAUUGGAAGAUUACAAAUUAGAUUAUCUAAACCAAUUACGAAAAAGUAGAUCCUUUUCAUUUAACAAUAACAAUUCUCGCAUAACUACCCAUUUUAAAAUGUUUAUUAUUGUAGCAAAUAAAAUUUAA